AUUCUGACAUUCAAAAUGGCCUCCCACGGAUCUCAGGUUUUGAAAGAUUUUGAUUUGUUUGUUCAUUUCGGAAUGUUUACUAAUAAAUGCAUUUUAGUUAGUGCAUGCUGUACAAACAGCAAAUGUCCAGCAUGGUACCAAGCACAAGUACACUUUCCAUGCGAGAAAAAUCCCACUUGAAACGUAGAAUUAAUCGCCAACACAAUUGUAAUUUCCGUGCUGGGUAUAUUGAAGUAAAUGAAGAAUAUCUACAUAAAACUGGUAUUCGUGGCAGAAAGAGAUACUUACUUUAUUGUGUUGUAGCUAUGCUCAUUAUUGUAGCUCUCUUAAAUGCACUGGUAACAGCUGGUUUGAUUUAUUUUCUUGGAAUCACACAUCUUGGAAUUGAUAGUUUGGAGUUUUUACCAGCGAAAGGUUUGUUGAGGGUAUUCGGAGAGGCAGAGGUACACAAGAUAAAAAUGUUUGAUUCGCGAAUCGGUGGACGAUAUGAACAGGAUUUACAUGUAGCUGGUAUGGAAGGUCCGAUUGUUAUUCAAGCUCCACUAGAAAAUGGAACAAGAGUGGUUAUGUUUGAUGAAAAGAUCUCGAUAACAACAGAUAGUUUUCAAGUUAGCAGUAAUAUUAAUGGUGAAGUAUUUUUAUCAACAUCCAGAAAGUCAACUUAUCCCAUGAAAAAAAGUAAUAAUUUACAUGCCGAAUCUGUACAAGCUAAAAUAGUGCGCAGUGGAUCUAAAUAUCCUGAUUUAGUCAUUGAAUCUUACAAUAAGAUGAAAAUAAUGGGAUCAGAGGGAGUAAAUAUCAACAGCCAGAAAGGUAUUGUCCUUGCUCCAGAACAUGCUGUUAUAUUAAAUACAACGUCUGGUUCCAUCACAUUACAAGCAGGCCAAGCACUUUAUCUGAAUAACCAAAUCCCAUUGGUUCCCACUUAUCAGAUGGACCAAUCACAGAACAAUAUCAGCACUCAGUCAAACCCUUCUAACCAAUCCGAUAUCUAUAAUAGUACUGGCCAACCCCAGCCAUCAAGAGAUAUCAAUCCAAGCGAUCAAGCCUACAAAUUAUGCUCUUGUUUAUCCAGUGGGAGAAUAUUUUCUAUAAAAGUGACUCAAACUGGAAUCGGUUGUAAUAAUGUUAAUGCAAAUGUGUGUUGAUCAUUGAAGUUUUUUUCAAUGUAUAAUGAAACCAUUGUGCCAAAAUAUUUUCCGUCCACGUUCUGAUAUUCUCUGUCCAAACAAGAAUAUGUUUCAGUAUACUGGUACAACUUUAAAAAAUAUAUCCCUAGUUCUCAAUUAAUAUCAACUUAAUCAGAUUCAAGGGGAAAUAAUUCUCAAUUCUUACCAAUUUGACCACUGCUAUUCCAAUGACCCUAUAUUGGCCUAUUAUAAAGAGAGGAUGUAGAUACAUGAAACAUUUUGUUGUAAAACAAGUAAAUACAUGUAAUGCAAUUUGUCCAACCUUUUAAUACAUAUUCCUUCUCUGUGACAAAAUAUGAAAUAGUCACCCUCAUUAAUCACUAGAAUUAUUUAAGUUAAAAUGCCCUACAAAAACAGUAAAAACAGGAUUAGAUUAUCCGAACAAUGCUGGAUUUAUCUGUUCAAUCUAUUUAAAAUUAUAUUUUUUUUUUUUUUUUUGACUUGGAUAUAUUCUAGUUCUACCUUAAAUAUAAGACCUAGAAGUCUAUUUUCAGUUACUGUGACUCAGAAUAUUGAGCCAUUUUGAAAUAAUCACUAGAUUUGGAUUAAAUGAGUUAUGUAACUCAUUUCAUUUAAGGGAUUUCACUCUUCAUUUGUAUAAGUGAGUUGAUAAUCGCAACGAACACUUACACUACUACAGUAUAUAUAAACUUGGUUAUCUAGGCACUUAACAGUAUGGGAUUUGGAGAUUUGGGGUAAUCCCCACAUGUGAACUGAAUGUAUUUCUUCAACAAAUUAUUACAGUGCUGAAGAUAGUUGGAUAAAACUAGCAACAACUGGUUUAUUAUGGUUUAAAGAUCAGUUUGAUCACAAUUCUGUCACAUUAAUUCUUUAUUUUACUCAAUCAAGGGCAGUAAAUUAUUAUUCAAACAAGUCAGAUUUUUAUAUUGUGCCAAAUUUUUACAUUAUUUUUACCAUGUCUAGUCAAUUUAUUUAUACUUUUUAACUCAUGAAUUAAGCAAUAAAUGUUGUAUUUUUA